AUGACAGGUGCUGGAUGUAUCCCUAUCACCUUUUGUCUCUACAACAUCCCUUCUAUUGGCUUUGCAGAGCUCAUUUCUACGCCAUUCAGUACUGCUGACAGCAAGUACACUGUUGCCACACUCACCAUCGACACCAGCUCCAAAUCUAUGAUUGGUUUGGCAGGAAGCUUCAAAACAUGUCACCCUGUCUUAACUUUGAACACAGGUGGAGUCCCAUCCACAUCUACAUCACUACCACUGUCAGUUCUGUCGGUCAAGCAACUUGUGGCUAAACGUGUGUUCUUUCAGAAGGGCCAAAGCAUGGGACAUUGCUGCUUUGCAAGGGAGGAUGAACUGGAAAAGACCCUUGACAAGGUGAACUGCCUUUACUGGGGCACAUCCUUACUCAGUAUGGCCUAUACCUUUGUUGACGAGAUGCUCAAGAUGGGCAAUGUGAGCCAAGAUAUUGAGGUUGAGUUACCAUGUCUAAGGCUGGUUUGUGCGGCACUAGCCAUUCCCGAUGACCCCAACAAUGACCUUGGUGCAAACUAUCUUGUCAAGGAGCAGAUUAGCAGAAAAUUUGUCAAGUACAUCAACAACAACUCCACCAUCCCCGCCCAUAGUCUAGAGGGCAGAGAAGCAGUCAUUGGAUUGUUUUUAUGCUUCAUGCAACAUGUCCAGUAUCACCUUACUAACAACAUGGUUUACCUGUCUGAUUUCCAGGGUUCUGGUAACCUCCUUACCAAUUGUCAAGUCCUAACAGAGUCGGCUUUCAUGAACAAUUUUGGUGGAGGAAACUGCACAUCUGCUUUUAACAGUUUCAGGUCCACACAUAAAUGUAAUAAGUUCUGUCACACCUUUGGCUUGCAACCUUUCAAUACCUAG